AGUUUUGAUACUGACAGGCUAAUUGAUCUGGUAGAGGAACGGCCUGCUCUUUAUAUGACGGAAAUGAGUGCAUAUCACAAUAGGCAAAACAGGAAGAAACUUUGGGAGGAGGUGGCAUUUCUGCUCAUAGAAGACUGGGAAUCUCUUGCAGAGGAUGAGAAAAACAAAAAAGGUAACUGUUUGUUAGGUAUACAUACCAUGUGCAUUCCUUCUUAUCCCCGCACUGUUGUCGUGUAACUCACCAAAUUUUUUUUGUCCAUCUUUUUGUUUCAAAAUAGUUGGGAGGGAGGUAUGUAUUUUGGGGACUUUGUGUGAAAUUUUUGUGCCUUUGUGUAGCUAGAAUGGUAAUCUCAGGGCCUAUGUUGAUUCCCAGUCCAGACCUAGUUCAUACCAGUCAUGGUUAUUUUUCAAUUAUGUGACACAUUCUGCAUGAACUGUGUUAGUCCAUGUAAAAUUAUUUAUAUUUUUCUCAUUUUUAUUACAGUGAAAGAACUUCAAACACGUUGGAAGAAUAUUAAGGAUUGCUUCCGUAGGGAAGUUUCCUUACAGAAGAAUGAUUCACGUAGUGGCGCCUCACCCUCAAGACGAAAGAAAUAUAUCUAUGCUGACAGGCUGCUUUUCCUGGUCCCCACUUUUACCACAAGACAAACUUCUGGCAAUGUAGAAAAUGAGCAACAGGAGGAAAAUGAGGAAAAUGUUGGUGAAAGUGAAAAUAUUGGAGAAACAUCAUCUGGAACAUCAUCGGGCAGCCCUAGUGCCAGUACCAGUAACACUUUGCAUCCCCUUCGACUCUCUCAGGCUGCAAACAAACAGUCAGGGAAAAGAAAAAGGAGCAGCUCUGAAAUUGCAUCGGGAGAUGUCAAAGAGAUGAUCUCUAUGCUAUGCACUUCGCUAUCUACCCGAGGUGGUCCCAAGAACACUUACCAACAUGAGGAGACUCCAGAAUUUUCAUUUUUAACUGGAUUACUGCCCACAAUUAUGACAAUUCCGCAGGCACAAAGACAAUCUCUUCAAGUUGAGAUGACAAAACUUGUUUAUAGAUAUGUGCCACCAAGUGGUGUGCAAUCACCGAACAUUCCCAUUCCACCUCAGCAUUACCCCAUGCCACAAACGCCAGGAACAGGAAACUCUUGGUACCAAUAUCAGUAUCCAUCCCAAAACACACUCUCAGACCCAUAUCAUUAUCCUUCCCAAAACUCCCACACAGAUCUUUAA